AUGGAUUGCAAACCUGAGUAGAAUGACAAUUUGUAUGAGGCUUUGGCCAAGGUUAAGAACUUUGAUAUCUCAAUCUACCCUAUUUUAAUUGAAAUGUUUAGAAGAGAAAAAAUUACAGAUACAUUUAAGAAUCUAAACAAUCAAAGGCUAACACAGAUAGGAAUUAAAAACACUGAGUACUUCCUUAGUAUUCUCAAAUUGAUAAGUGGGCUUGACUUUAAUAAAAAGAAUUUUACAAAUGAAGAUUAGAAAUUAAGUAGAAAAGAAUUGAUUAAAAAGAUUAGUAAGGAGAGAUAGAUGAUUGAAUUUUUGAAAUUCCUCACACAUCUGACAGCCUUUGAUGAGAAAUUUAUCUAAUGCGGAUCUAAUUCACUCAAUUUAUUAGUCGAAAUGAAGGUGGAUUUGAGAGAAUAGAAUUUUGAGAACAUAAGGAUUAGAGAUACUUCUUUAGUUGAUGGAAAUUUUGUAAGAUGUAAUUUCAAUGGAUCAGAAUUUGACAAUGUAAAUAUUAGCGGAAUAAACGUGAGUUAAGCUUAAUUAUUUAAUUGCAGAUGGAAAAAUAUCUAAAUUCAUGAAUUAGAUAAACUAGAUGGUCAUAGUGAAAUUGUCAAUUUGGUAUGCUUUUCCCAGGAUGGCAACUCAUUAGCCUCUUGUAGUGAUGAUAAAUAUAUUCGUUUGUGGAACGUGAGAACAGGGAAAAUAAAGUCAAUAAUCAGGGGAAAGAGUGAGCUAAAAUCAGUAUGCUUCUCGGUUAAUAAUACUACAUUAGCUUUCCAGAGCGGAGAAUUUGUGUAUUUAUGGAAUCUUGAAACAGGAAAAUAAUUAUCUAAAUUAAUUGGUCAUGAAUGUAAUGUUUGUUCAGUCAAUUUCUCUCCUGAUGGUACAAUAUUGGCAUCUUGCAGUUUUGAUAAGUCUAUCCGUUUAUGGGAUGUUAAGACAGGAUAAUAAAAAGCUAAAUUAGAUGGUCAUUCACAAACUGUAUGUUCAGUCAAUUUCUCUUCUGAUGGUACCACAUUAGCAUCUGGUAGUUCAGAUAAGUCCAUCCGUUUAUGGGAUGUUAAGACAGGAUAUUAAAAAGCCAAAUUAAAUAAUAUUUCAGGAACUGUAUAUUCAGUCAAAUUCUCUCCUGAUUGUACUACAUUGGCAUCUUGCAGUUUUGAAUAUUCCAUCCGUUUAUGGGAUGUUAAGACAGGGUAUUAAAAAGCCAAAUUAGAUGGUCAUUCAGGAAUUGUACGCUCAGUUAAUUUCUCUCCUGAUGGUACUACAUUGGCAUCUUGCGGUUUUGAUAAGUCUAUCCGUUUAUGGGAUGUUAAGACAGGAUAAUAAAAAGCAAAAUUAGAUGGUCAAUCAGCAGUUUAUUCAGUUUGUUACUCUCCUGAUGGCACUACAUUGGCAUCUUGCGGUUUUGAUAAGUCUAUCAAUUUAUGGGAUGUUAAGGCAGGAUAAUAAAAACCCAAAUCAGAUGGUCAUUCAGAUUAUGUUAGAACAAUUUGUUACUCUCCUGAUGGAACUUUCUUAGCAUCUGGUAGUGAAGAUAACUCUAUCCGUUUAUGGGAUGUUAAGACAGGAUAAUAAAAAGCCAAACUAGAAGGUCAUUCAGAAACUGUAUAUUCAGUCAAUUUCUCUCGUGAUGGUACUUCUUUAGCAUCUGGUAGUAAAGAUAACACUAUCCGUUUAUGGGAUGUUAAGACAGGAUAAUAAAAAGCCAAAUUAGAUGGUCAUUUAUCAAAGGUUUAUUCAAUUUGCUAUUCUCCUGAUGGUACUGCAUUGGCAUCUGGUAGUAGAGAUAACUCUAUCCGUGUAUGGGAUGUUAAGACAGGAUAAUAAAAAGCCAAAUUAAAUUGUCAUUCAAGUAAUGUUAUGUCAGUCAAUUUCUCUCCUGAUGGUACUUUCUUAGCAUCUGGUAGUAAAGAUAACUCUAUCCGUUUAUGGGAUGUUAAGACAGGAUAAUAAAAAGCCUAAUUAAAUGGUCAUUCAAGUAAUGUUAUGUCAGUCAAUUUCUCUCCUGAUGGUACUUUCUUAGCAUCUGGUAGUAAAGAUAACUCUAUCCGUUUAUGGGAUGUUAAGACAGGAUAAUAAAAAGCCUAAUUAAAUGGUCAUUCAAGUAAUGUUAUGUCAGUCAAUUUCUCUCCUGAUGGUACUUUCUUAGCAUCUGGUAGUAAAGAUAACUCUAUCCGUUUAUGGGAUGUUAAGACAGGAUAAUAAAAAGCCUAAUUAAAUGGUCAUUCAAGUAAUGUUAUGUCAGUCAAUUUCUCUCCUGAUGGUACUUUCUUAGCAUCUGGUAGUAAAGAUAACUCUAUCCGUUUAUGGGAUGUUAAGACAGGAUAAUAAAAAGCCUAAUUAAAUGGUCAUUCAAGUAAUGUUAUGUCAGUCAAUUUCUCUCCUGAUGGUACUUUCUUAGCAUCUGGUAGUAAAGAUAACUCUAUCCGUUUAUGGGAUGUUAAGACAGGAUAAUAAAAAGCCUAAUUAAAUGGUCAUUCAAGUAAUGUUAUGUCAGUCAAUUUCUCUCCUGAUGGUACUUUCUUAGCAUCUGGUAGUAAAGAUAACUCUAUCCGUUUAUGGGAUGUUAAGACAGGAUAAUAAAUAGCCAAAUUAGAUGGUCAUUUAUCAAAAGUUUAUUCAAUUUGCUAUUCUCCUGAUGGUACUACAUUGGCAUCUGGUAGUAGAGAUAACUCUAUCCGCGUAUGGGAUGUUAAGACAGGAUAAUAAAAAGCCAAAUUAGAUGGUCAUUCUGGAACAGUUUUUUCAAUUUGUUACUCUCCUGAUGGUACUACAUUAGCAUCUGGUAGUUCAGAUAACUCUAUCCGUUUAUGGGAUGUAAAGACAGCGAAAGAGAUGUUACUUUAAGAUAAUUUUUACAAAGAACGUCUUUCCUAGUUUAAAUUGCCACUUUAAGGUCAAUCCAUUUUAUAAAAUGGUAUUUAUUAUUAUCAUUCUUUAGCAGAGAUUGAUCGUACAAUACUAAGAAUAUGCCAAAAUCCAAUUUUGGAAGCAUAAAAAACUUUAAUAUUGAAAGGUGAAUUUGUUGAUUAUAAAGGAUAUGAUUUAAAAUAAUUAUUUAAAUCAAAAGGUAGUUUAAUUUUAGAGAAUGAACUAAUAUUGAAACAAAUUUGA